CCAAGAAAGCAGUCACGAUGAAGCUUUUUCUGCUUGCCGUAUUCUGCGUCUCCCAGGCCCUUUGCGCCCCGUCCAGCUGGUUCGUGAAGUAUGCGAACCUACCACAGGCACAAGCCGGCAAAGACUUGGUUGAACUGGCUGAGGAGCUCGGACUGCGCUAUCUGGUGGCUGGCUUGAAGAGAGCUGGUCUUGAGGACACAAUUAAGACCGGAGGACCUUUCACCAUCUUCGCCCCUACCGACGAGGCAUUCAGAUCGCUGCCCCCGCAACUUGCUAAGGAGCUUUUUGCCAACAAGACACUGCUCCAGGGAGUGCUCAUGUACCACGUCAUUUCCGGUGACGUAUACUCCUCCCAGCUGAAAAACGAACUUCUUGCGCCAAGUCUUUUGAAAAUUGACAACAAAGCUGUUGAUAUCAGGGUCAACAUCUACGACGGCGGGAAGGUCAUCACCGCCACCGGAUCUCCGGUCGUCAAAGCCGACCAGAACGCCACCAAUGGUGUAAUCCACGUCAUCGAUCGCGUCAUGUACCCCAUCCCCGUUUACGACAUCGUGGCCACGCUCCAAGUCGACCAGAUGAAGAAGGCAUUCAGUACUCUUGUCACCGCCGUCGAAGCCGCUGGUCUUGUGGAAACCCUCCAAGGUGCCGGUCCUUUCACCCUUUUCGCGCCACUGAAUGAGGCUUUCGCCAAGGUUCCAAACCUGCCUGCCAUCCUCAAGAACAAAACCUUGCUCACAGACAUCCUGACCUACCACGUGGUCAGCGGAACAUACUACAGCGCCGGUCUUUCCUCUGGCGCGGUCAAGACUGUGGAAGGAAAAGAUGUCCAAAUUAACACCAAAGGACCCCGUGGCGGAGUGACUGUCAACAACGCCCGGGUAGUGUACGCCGAUCUCGCUGUCAGUAACGGUGUUAUGCACCUCGUUGAUGCCGUUCUCCUGCCCCCGACCACACCAGCCAAGAUCUCUCCCUGGGCGGAACUCCAAAACGCUUUUGCGAUUCGCCGCAAGGGUGAAAAGCUGUGAUUUUAUUGAAGUGCAAUAAUUUUUGCUAGCAGUAUUAUUAGAUAAUGAACUCGUGGAAAUAUUUACUUGUGUACUAUAGUUCCAGGAAAUAAGAUUAGACGAAAGUAGUCAAAGUAAAUGUUGACAACCAAUAUGCUCCAAUAUUUUUGUUUUUUCCGGUGAAGACCGUUCACGCUUUUUAAUGUACUAAUCGUUGUACGUGCAUUAAUAUACUUAUGUCAGCAUUUCACGAAUAAAAACGU